GGAGCCGAAGAAAGCCUUCCUUCUCUCACUCUCUCGAAGGCUCGAGUCUGCGGCUGUUCUUCCCCAACGAACCAAAUCGGCUAAGAAAAAAAAUUCGCCUCCGCAGAGCAGGAGCACGAGACCGGGGGAUCGCCAUGAUGACGCCCUUGGUGCCGGGGCUGCCGGACGAUCUCGUUGAGGAGAUCCUCCUCCGCUUCCCGCCCGACGAGCCGGGAAGCCUGAUCCGCGCGUGCCUCGUCAGCAAACCCUGGCGCCACCUCCUCACGGGCGCCGCCUUCCUCGCGAGCUACCGCAAAUUCCACCGCCAAACCCCGCCCAUGCUGGGGUUCCUCCACCGCCUCUACGACGAGGAGCCCUGCGUGUCCCGGUUCGUGCCCACCACGGCCUUCCGCCCGCCCCGCCCCGACCGCCGAUGCUGGUACGCCCUCGACGCCCGCCACGGCCGCGCCCUCUUCUACGACUCGGAGAGUCACCCCACGCCGUCCUUCGUCGUCUGGGACCCCGUCACCGACUGCCAGCGGAAGAUCCCUCUCCCCGAGUUGCCUCAAGCGUGGAACGCCGCGGUGCUCUGCGCCGUCGACGGCUGCGACCACCUCGACUGCCAUGGUGAUGACCCUUUCCUUGUGGCGUUCCUGGGCACCGACAAAAUGGAGGGGUUUAGGCUCACCACCGCCUGCGUCUACUCGUCGGAGAUUAGGGCAUGGAGCGACACCACCCCAUUUGAACACCCAGAUGCCGCUGUCCAGAUGCAGCCCGGUGUCCUUGUGGGGAGUGCACUCUGCUUCCUCUGCGAGCAGAGCAAGAGGAUUCUGCAGUACGACUUGCUCAGCAGGGAAUUGUCGGUGAUCGACCUGCCGAAUGUGCACGGCAGUAGCAUUGUCCUCAUGACAGUGGAGGAUGGCACUCUGGGGUUUGCAUGCAUGGAAGAAUCCAGAGUCUUCCUUUGGUCGAUGGAAGUCGUUGACGAUGGAGCUGCAGCAUGGGUGGAGCAUAGAGUUUUCGAGAUGCAGACUCUGAUACCCCCUCGUGCUCUCAUGAUCACACCCGAUGUGGUUGGCUUCGCUGAGGGGAUUGGUAUCAUUUUUCUGAGGACAAUUGUUGGUUUAUUCACACUUGAGCUCAAGUCAGGCCGAGUAAGGAAGGUUUCCACCAGGGGAAGUCUCUGCACUGCCAUUCCCUACGUGAGCUUCUACAAUCCAGAUCGUGCUAUUUGCCAGUUGCCACAAGCUCAUGACCAGUAAGGAUGCAAAGAUCCAUCUGUUGACAUGAACCUGCUGCUGCUGUGAUCGUGCUAUUCGCCAAUUGCCACAAGCUCAUGACCAGUGAGGAUGCAAAGAUCCAUCUGUUGACAUGAACCUGCUGCUGCUGGCUAGCAGAGAUCGUUUUUAAAUAGGUGUUUAUCUUCAGUUGUAUAGUUGGGGUAGGAUGAACCUGGCAAGAUUAGAGGUCAGCAUGUUUCCUCAGUACAGUGAAGCAAUUGCCUGUAGUAAUAAGAAUGAAGGCCCCAAAGACAUUUUGGUAUUGAUUUGAGUAUUUGCAGGCAUUGGAAUAUUAGAAAGAUUGCUGUUGAGGCUCAGCUCCCUUGGUGCAGGAAAAAGAAAAGCAAUCCCUUGAUUGCAAACUUCUAUUAGGAUCAGUGUUGGAACUUGGAAUAAAGGCAAUUGGAGAAGGUUCCUCAUUCCGUUGUUGUUUCACUUUUGUAAUUAUGAUGAUAUCAAAAUUGAUACCUAACUCAUAUGUAUACAUCCUAUAUACCUAAUGCACCUUGAAGAGCAAGCAUUGCAUCUUUCCAUUGAACAAAGGUUAGUUUUCCUGUGAAAAA